AUGUCUGGAAAGAUUGAACUCGUGUUGAUCUUCGAAAAGGUCAUAUUCCAUGUGCUAGUCUAUUGGCAAAUGCUCGUGCGAUGGAACGACGGGGUAUCUAUGCAUAUUCGGGCCCUCCAAACGGCUGCGAACACCUUCAAGAGUCAAGACAGGUCGAGAAACAAGUAA